CCGGUAAAUAACCCGGAUGUAGUAGACCAUGUGCAGUCCUGUAGCUGCUCUUGCUCUUCUGUUCGGCUGUUCCUCCUCUCCUCCGUACACCAAGCUGCCUGACAGUCUUAGCAAGUUACACGCUCUAACCUCGCAGAGAUGUUUCGUUUACCCACAAUUAUGAAGCAGGUCAGGCCUUUGAGUCGGGUUCUAGCUCCUCACCUCACACGAGCCUACGCCAAAGAUGUGAAGUUUGGGGCUGAUGCCCGUGCCCUCAUGCUGCAGGGGGUGGACCUGCUGGCUGAUGCAGUGGCUGUCACAAUGGGUCCGAAGGGUCGCACUGUGAUCAUUGAGCAGAGCUGGGGAAGUCCCAAGGUCACCAAGGAUGGAGUGACGGUGGCCAAAAGUAUUGACCUGAAGGACAAGUACAAGAACAUUGGAGCCAAGCUUGUGCAGGAUGUGGCUAACAACACCAAUGAAGAGGCUGGCGAUGGCACAACCACAGCUACGGUGCUGGCUCGCGCCAUUGCUAAGGAAGGCUUUGAUAACAUCAGCAAAGGUGCAAACCCUGUUGAGAUCCGCCGUGGGGUCAUGAUGGCUGUGGAAGCUGUCAUCAACGAGCUGAAGAAUCUGUCCAAGCCUGUUACGACUCCAGAGGAGAUAGCACAGGUUGCUACGAUCUCUGCCAAUGGAGACGUAGAGAUCGGUAACAUUAUAUCCAACGCCAUGAAGAAAGUUGGUCGCAAAGGAGUCAUCACAGUAAAGGACGGGAAGACUCUGCAGGACGAGCUGGAGAUCAUCGAGGGUAUGAAGUUUGACCGUGGUUACAUCUCGCCUUACUUCAUCAACACCGCAAAAGGCCAGAAGUGUGAGUUCCAGGAUGCUUACCUGUUGCUUAGUGAAAAGAAGAUCUCCAGUGUCCAGAGCAUUGUGCCAGCGUUAGAGAUCGCCAACCAGCAUCGUAAACCUCUGGUGAUUGUUGCUGAGGAUGUGGACGGAGAAGCCCUGAGCACCCUGGUUCUUAACAGGUUAAAGGUUGGGCUUCAGGUGGUCGCUGUUAAAGCUCCAGGCUUCGGUGACAACAGGAAGAAUCAGCUGAAGGAUAUGGCCAUCGCCACCGGGGGCACUGUGUUUGGUGAUGAAGCUCUGGGUCUGGCUCUUGAGGACAUCCAGGCUCAUGACUUUGGCAAAGUCGGUGAGGUGCAGAUCACCAAAGAUGAUACCCUGCUACUGAAGGGUGGAGGCAACCCUGCUGACAUAGAGAAACGCGCAGCAGAGAUUGCUGAGCAGCUGGAGCACACCACCAGUGACUAUGAAAAGGAGAAGCUCAAUGAGAGGCUGGCGAAGCUAUCGGAUGGUGUGGCUGUGCUGAAGGUGGGAGGAACAAGUGACGUAGAGGUGAAUGAGAAGAAGGACCGUGUGACCGACGCUCUGAACGCCACGCGGGCUGCAGUGGAGGAGGGCAUCGUGCUCGGUGGAGGCUGUGCUCUGCUGCGCUGUAUUCCUGCACUUGAUGCCCUCAAAACUGCCAAUAGUGACCAGAAGAUCGGUGUGGACAUCAUCAGACGGUCGCUUCGUAUUCCUGCCUUGACCAUCGCCAAAAAUGCUGGAGUGGAGGGUUCUCUGGUGGUGGAGAAGAUCUUGCAGGGACCACCAGAAAUAGGCUAUGAUGCCAUGCAAGGAGAGUUUGUCAACAUGGUAGAGAAAGGCAUCAUCGACCCUACCAAGGUGGUGAGAACAGCGCUUUUGGAUGCUGCGGGAGUUGCAUCUCUGCUCUCAACUGCAGAGGCCGUUGUCACGGAAAUACCCAAGGAGGACAAGGAGAUGCCUGGAGGCAUGGGUGGAAUGGGUGGUAUGGGAGGAAUGGGAGGUGGUAUGGGUUUCUAAGCCAGCCCUCCUGACAUUGUACAGACUGAGUUAUCAGAUUGCUGGAGGUGGAGCAGAGCUGCCUCCAGGGAAACCGACCAUGAUUAUGUUAAAGCUUCAAAUGGUUGACGGCCCAAAAGAUGGAGCUGAGCCCAGAUGGUACACCAGAGUCCUCAAUACUCCACGCCGACAUCACUCAUCGUGUAAAAUACUGAGGGAAACGCUAACAGGAUUCAUCUGAAUAGAUAACACCAGUUUGUUUCAGCCUGGGGGGGGGGGGGGGGGGGCCUUGAAAUUUCCCACCUGUGUUCAUUUGAACACAUGCCUGUUUUUGGUGUGUAUGCAACAUCUGAUCAUGCUAACAAAGCAAGCCACAGUUCAGUUGGUGCAGAAGUGUCCCACAUGCUCACUUCCACAGCAACUCCCAGGCUGAAAUACAGUGAAACAGUCGUUUAUUGGACCAGAGAAGGCUUUUAGCACCCAUGUCUGUGUUGUAGUGAUCAUUUCUGUUUUGUUUUUAUAAAUAUAAUUGUCAUUGGUAAUUUGAAUAAACAGCUUUUGUUAGACUGAGA